AGCGCUAUGUAAAUGAAACAUUUUCAAACACAUAUAUCGUCAUCCGAGGGUCGAACAAAACACCCAGCCAACGAAUGCAUCUCACCCGACCAAAGACUUGAAAUCUCCCGUCGAUAUCCAACUCGAUUCCGAGCUGUGACCGGUGCUUCCCGUUUCGUUUUGAAAGAUUGGCUCUCUGCCGCCCCCUGUUGGCCAUGCUGAGUGUGUGCACAGUGCUGCUUCUGCUGGCACCCAUAGCCCUCUCCUCUGGAGACUCAGACACACACACACACAGACCACGCCACGACACCAACCUAGAGAUCUAUAAGCGUCUGUUUGAGACUAAGAGGAGAGACCAGCUGAAUGCUCUGAAGAAUCUGGUGGAGCUGAAUGAUAUUAACCAGCAGUACAAAAUCAUCGACAUUAUGCUCAAGGGUCUGUUUAAGGUUCUAGAAGAUUCCAAGGCUGUGCUGGUGGCAGCCAACUUGCAGCCGGACGACCCUUUUCCCCUGGACGACAAAGUCAAAGAGGCGUACUCUCACGUGGUGGAGAACACGGCGUUUUUCGGGGACGUGGCUUUGCGUUUCCCACGGAUCGUGCACCAUUAUUACGACCGUAACGCGGACUGGGACGGUCUGCUCCGCUGGGGCCUUCGCUUCUGCAACCUCACAGGAGUCUUCACAGGCGGCGCGCACCAACACGUCCUCACACUGAUGGCACAAGAGUUGGGGAUAGCAGAAAAGUCUCCUGACUUCAUCAACCCGUACCGUACAGAGAGAGAUGAUGUGCUCCACACAGCAGAGGCCUUCCAGAAGAUUCUGAGGGAAGAGGAGAAGAAGAGAAGGAAAGAGGAGAAGAGAAAAGAGAUGAGGAAAGGCCCUCGCAUUUCGCGCUCCCGCACAGAGCUAUAGCGCCGCGGAGGAGCAGGAGCUGAAGGAGAGAGAGCGGGACAGAGAAGAGAGAAGUUUCAAAAGAACAUUCCUGUUCUCCCGUUAGGCGUUGGGUCACACCACAGGACUGUUAGGCGUUGGGUCACACCACAGGACCGUUCAGAACCUUUGUCCAGGUACAGCGGAUUAGGAUGGACAGAGAGAGUGAAAAAGAGCCGAAGAAACAACACACGGUUUUCUGUCUUACAUGGAAGGAAAACAAGGAUGAUAAUAUGGAUAAUAAUAUAGUGGGAUUUUUCCCAAACCUGGUUCUUAGAGGGGGUUGUGGUUGCAGGUUUUCGUUGUCCCAUUCAAAGCAGUCUUUCACUGCAAGUCGUUCAUUAGUUUACAUUUGUUAUCUGUUGAUGUCUGAUAAUGUGUGUUUGUCGUUUGUAACUCCCUCUGGACUUAACUGAUGUAGCUGCUUCUGCAGGAGAUGCAUUCUGCAUUUCGUUUUUAGAUCAUGUAGUCCAGUCAUAGCUGAAGGGAGUCCAGACCUGAGGAUCACUGCUGGAAACUCUGAGUUCUCCAUCCCUCUCGGUCGCUGGGAAAAGAGAUUGUAAAAAUAUUUUCUAUUAAAAUGUGUUAAAGAUUAGAGGGUUAGAGGGAAUAGUUUGUCAAAUGUAAAGCAGAGCUUGUGUUCAUUCACUGAGGUGAAUACUUGGGGGUAUGUCUCAUUUCUGUAAAAGGCCAAAUAAGCAAAUAUCUGUAUUGUUUAACUUCA